GGCCCGGCUGGGCUCGGCUCACAGCGUCCCGCUGCCGCCUCAGCCCGCCCGGGUGCUGCCUCGGUGCCGGCCGCCCCGGCAGCGGGGCUCUUCCCUCAGGGCCGGCGGUCGCAGUGGGGCCGCACGGCGGAUGGGCCCCGCCCGGGCUGAGGAUGUCUGGAAGCUCCUCGGGAAGACAGGCGGCGCCGGCGGAGGUAACAGAUUGGUUGGCACAUUCAUUUGAUGACUUCUUUGGAAACACGACUAUUUCUUCUAGUGCUGUUCCUGUGAAGCCACUAGAAGGCAACUCUGGAAGAAAGCGGCAGCAGAAGAAGAAAGACCUGUCUUCUAUACCAGAAAGUAGCAAGAACAAAGUUCUGCACAGAAAAAGAGCAAAGUCAUCUUCAGUAGAUCGGCCUUGUAACAAGUCCAGACAAAACUGGAGCCAAUCUCAAGACGAGCCAUGGGUAGAUAGAUACAAACCUGAAACUCAGAAUGACCUUGCUGUGCAAAAGAAGAAAAUUGAAGAAGUUGAAACCUGGUUAAAAAUGCACAUAUUUCAGAGGCAGCCAAAGCAGGGUGGCUCUGUUUUACUGCUAACUGGUCCUCCUGGUUGUGGAAAGACUGCAACUAUACAAAUAUUAGCAAAAGAUCUUGGCGCUCAGGUGCAAGAGUGGACCAAUCCAAUAUCUUUAGACUUUACAAAAGAAGACUUAAGAAAUAUGUUUGGCCAUGACUCAAAUUUUCAUACGUUUCCGAGUCAGGCCCAAGCAGCUCUCUUUCAAGAUUUUCUAUUAAGAGCAAAUAAGUAUAACAAACUUCAGAUGCUUGGGGAGUCUUCAGAAAAUGAUAAAAAGCUUAUUCUUAUUGAAGACAUACCUAACCAAUUCUAUCGAGACCCUAGCAGUCUACAUGAAAUUCUCAGGAGAUUUGUUCGUACAAGUAGAUGUCCCCUUGUAUUUAUAAUCUCAGAUAACUUCAGUGGAGAUAGCAACCAGAGGUUACUGUUCCCAACGGAAAUUCUAGAGGAGUUGUGUAUAUCCAAUAUUAGUUUCAAGCCUGUUGCACCAACAAAUAUGAUGAAAGUUCUUAAUCGAAUAGCUGCAACAGAAGCUAGUAUGAACAGAGAAAAGAAUUAUGCUUUUGAUAGAACUUCUCUGGAGUUGCUUUGCAGAGGUUGUUCAGGUGAUAUAAGAAGUGCAAUAAACAGUCUUCAGUUUUCUUCUAUGAAAGACUGCUCAUUGGAGAAAGAGUUUUGGUCAAGGAAGAAAAGGGGCUCCACGCUAAAAUGUGAAGCAGCAGCAGUGUCUAAAGUAGGAAAGAAAAGUAAAUCUGAUACUUCAGAAGACCAGGAGAUACAAGCUAUUGGUGGCAAAGAUGCUUCCAUCUUUCUUUUCCAUGCUUUGGGGAAAAUAAUUUACUGCAAAAGAGAACCAGUGUCAGAAUCAGAAUUUCCUCAGCUGCCUGCUCACUUAUCAGAAUACCGUCGAGACACCCUGCUUAUUCAGCCUGAGGAUAUUGUGGAAAAAUCGCAUAUGUCUGGAAGCAUGUUUAAUUUAUACCUUCACCAGAACUAUGUAGACUUUUUUUCUGAUAUAGAUGAUGUAGUGAGAGCCAGUGAAUAUUUGAGCACCGCUGAUGUUCUUUGUAGUAAUUGGAGUACACGGCUUGUGAUGGAAAAAUACAGUGCCUCUGUGGCUACCCGAGGGGUGAUACAUUCAAAUACAUCCAGAGCCUUUGCCCGCCACCAAGGAGGGAUGAGGUUCCGGCCUUUACAUAAACCCCAGUGGUUCUUUAUCAAUAAAAAGUAUCAGGAAAACUGCCUUGCUGCAAAAUCUCUGUUUUCAAGCUUCUGUUUACCACCUGAGUGUCUUCAGACAGAGCUAUUGCCUUAUCUUGCUAUGUUAGCAAAUCCAAUGAGAAACCAAGCUCAGAUUGCUUUUAUCCAAGACAUUGGGAGGCUACCGCUGAAAAGACAUUUUGGGAGGUUAAAGCUUGAAACACUUACUGAUAAAGAUCCUGGGAUACCAGACUUACUUGUUAGCUCUGAGGGCGACUGUGCCGAUGUGCAAGCCAUGGAGGCGGCUGCACAGAUGGAGAAAAACAGAACGAAUGAGAAUGAAUCGGAUGGAUUCCCUCUCUCUUCUAGCCAGUGCAGUGGAAGUGAACUGCCUUGCAGUCAGCCUCAGCCUGUUGCAGCUCAAGCAAUCAUGGAGGAAGACGAAUUAAAAAUAGAGGAGUAUGAUAGUGACUGAGUACAACAAAAUACCAACCACUGACUUGCCUGAAUAGAUUAAUAUGCUACAAAGGCCUUUGCUAAAGAGAGUAUGGUCUGCACAAAAGUACUACUUCAGCUACUUAGGCGGGCUAGGAGGCCAAGUCUAAACAUGCUGUGUCAGCAUCAAGACAACGCUCUUCAGCUUCCUCUUAACUUUGCAGGAUCAGACCUGAGCUGAAUACUAAAUUACAAGCUAUUCCCUGCCUCUCCUGAGCCAUGAAAUAAUCUAUAUUGAUAAAAAGAGAAUAAUAAAUGAUGACUGAAAUUAGUUUGAAACAGACUGUAGAUAAGCAAUGUCACUCUUAAGUUAUUUUUAUUUUUUACACAUUUUAAUUUACUUUGCAAUUGUACAGUGUGUUUCCUGAGUACACAUUUGAUAAAUUGUCAGCAUUUGAAGGUUUUAUUAAAAUUCAUACCUUCAAAAAAAAUUGCUGUUUGGAAGCUUGGCCCUUCUGAAAGAAGAAACUGAAGUGUACAUGUAAAAAGUUUGAUAUCCCAUACUGAUGAUGUAAAUAAAACUCCUACUGUAUUAAUACUGUUUUGUACUCUGCCACAGAUUUUUAUGUGUUUAUAAGUUGAACAUAUGUUGUACAACAGAUUAUUUUGGAUUCCUUUUUGAAAGAUACUUUCAUAACUUAUGGAGGGGAAAAUACAACCAUCAAGCCUAAGUCCUUCUUGUCCUUUGUAUUCUGUAGUAAGUUAAUGGUGUAGUGUGUGUUUUUUCUCGUUAAAUUGCAGUUGUACUGAGGGAAAGAAUAAUGCUGUGUUUGGUGACUGACACAUGAGAAGUGUGUUGUGGUUGUCUGAAUAGACUGUUUAAUACUCAGCGUUUCUCUGAUUUGCAUGGACCAAUGCCAGUUACAAUCUAAUGUUGCUAUGGUUAGUGAUACCACAGGAGUAAGAAGAAAAUGAAACCAAACAACUUUGAAUGUUUAAUGAUAUUUGCAUUUCUGUAUUGCUUACAUCCAAAGUUUAGUAGAAGAAAAUACAUGUUUAUCCACCAUAACCU